AUGGGGUAUGUAAAGAAUAGAUUGGAGAGCCAAGAGGGAGACCAGCAGACAGGAGUUCUUAUAAAACAUCAGAGAACUCACACUGGUGAGAAACCCUAUGAAUGUAAUGAGUGUGGGAAGUCCUUUAGCCAGAGUUCAUCAUUAUUAAACAUAAAAGAAUACACACUGGAGAGAAACCCUCUGAGUGCAAAGAAUAGAACUCAUAAUGGAGAAAACUCCUUUAAAUGUGUUGAUUGUGGGAAGGCCUGCAGAGGCCACUCUGCUCUCAGAAGUCACUAUAAAACUCACACUGGAGAGAACCCCUGUAGGUGUAAUGCAUGCGAGAGAGCCUUCAGCCAGAGUUCACACCUUACCAUACAUCAAGUAAUCCACACCAGAGAGAAGCCUUAUGAAUGUAAUGAAUGUGGGAAGGCCUUUAGCCACAGUGCAAAUCUUGCUAAACAUCAGAAAACUCACACUGGAGAGAGACUCUAUAAAUGUAGCCAGUGUGGGAAAAUCUUCAGCCAGAGUUCAAACCUUACCACACAUCAGAUAAUACAUACUGGAGAGAAACCCUAUGAAUGUGGUGAAUGUGGUAAAGUCUUUAGCCAGAGUGCAAGUCUCACCAAACACCAGAAGAUUCAUCAGGGAGUUAAACCUUAUAAAUGUAGUGAAUGUGGGAAAACCUUCAGAGAUGAUGCUACUCUCAUUCAACAUGAAACAAGUCAUACUGGAGAACGACCCUAUAAAUGUAAUGAAUGUGGAAAGAGACUUAACCUGAGUUCCCAUUUAACAAACCAUGAGAAGACUCAUACUGGAGAAAAGCCCUACAGAUGCAGUGAAUGUGGGAGGGCCUUCAGUUAUUGCUCAGUCCUUAUUCAACAUCAGAGAAUUCAUAGUGGGGAAAGACCUCACAAGUGUCCUGAAUGUGGCAAGACAUUCAGUCGUAGUACAUACCUUAGUCAGCAUCAAAGAAUUCAUACUGGUGAGAAACCCUAUAAAUGUCUUGAAUGUGGCAAGGCUUUUAGCCAGAGCACACAUCUUACUCUACAUCAAAGAAUUCAUACUGGAGAGAAACCUUAUGAAUGCAAGGAAUGUGGUAAAACCUUUAGUCAGUGUGCACCUCUUACUCAACAUCAAAGAGUUCAUACAGGAGAAAAGCCUUAUGAAUGUAAUGAAUGUGGGAAAGCCUUCAGUGAUCACUCAGCUCUUAUUCAACAUCAUAUCGUCCAUACUGGAGAGAAACCUUUUGAAUGCAAUGACUGUGGGAAAGCUUUCAGUUACUGUUCAGACCUCAUUGAACAUCAGAGAACGCAUACUGGAAAGAAACCAUACAAAUGCAAUGAAUGUGGGAAUGCCUUUAGUGAUUGUUCAGCCCUUAUUCAGCAUCAAAGGACUCACACUGGAGAGAAGCCCUGUGAGUGUAAUGAAUGUGGCAAAGCCUUUGGUAACUACUCAGCUCUUAUUUGACAUCAAAGAACUCAUACUGGAGAGAAGUCAUAUGAAUGUAAGGAAUGUGGAAAAACCUUCAGCAGAAGUACAUGCCUUACUCAACAUCAGAGAAGUCAUACAGGAGAGAAACCAUAUAAAUGUAAUGAAUGUGGGAAAACUUUUACCCAGAGUUCAUUCCUUACGCAACACAUGAGGGUUCAUACUGGAGAAAAACCUUACAAAUGUAAUGAAAGUGGGAAAGCUUUUAGUGACCCCUCAGGGCAUAUUCAGCAUCAGAGAACCCACACUGGCGAGAAGCCAUAUGAAUGUAAUGAUUGUGGGAAAGCUUUCAGUUUCUGUUCAGCCCUUAUUCAGCACAAGAGAGUUCAUACUGGAGAGAAGCCUUUUAAAUGCAAUGACUGUGGAAAAGCCUUCAGUGAUAAGUCAGCACUUACUCAACAUCAAAGAACUCACACUGGAGAGAAAUCCUAUAAAUGUAGUGUAUGUGGAAAAGCCUUCAGUCAGAGUACAAACCUCACAAAUCACCAGAAAACUCAUACUGGUGAAAAAUCUUAUAAAUGUAAUGAAUGUGGAAAAGCCUUUAGUUACUGUUCAGGGCUUAUUCAACAUCAGAUCAUUCAUACUGGAGAGAAACCUUAUGAAUGCAAUAAAUGUGGCAAAGUCUUCAGCCGGUGGACAGACCUUAAAAAACAUCAGAAAAUGCAUACUGAAGGAAAACUUCACAAGUGUAAUGAAUGUGGGAAAGCCUUUAGCCAGAACACAUAUCUUACAAAACAUCAGAAAAUUCGUAGUGAUGAGAAGGCAAAUAUACAUACUGAGUGUAGGAAAACCUUUAGACAAAACUCUUCUUUUGUUCAACAUGAAAAGCUUCACACUGGAGAAAAUCCUCUGAAUGCCUUGGGAGUUUGGCUAGUAUGGAGACCUUUCCCAGGGAAACAGAAAGAGGAUCGUGAAAACUGUCAACUUCCUAGAGUGACGAAAUAG